CCCAACGAUGAUCCCACAAAUCCAGGCGACCAUAUUGCCUUUGUUUCUUUUCUCAUUUGGGCUGAUUAUGAUACAUGUCGACAUUGCCGUAUAGCUAUAGCUACGCGCUCCCUACAGACAGGUUUCACUUGCAGAGCAAGUUUCUGGUACACUUCUGCCAUUUUUCCCUUUUCCCUACUUCCACCAUUUCCUUGCCCAGGAUCAACUAUCAAAGUUUCACCAUUUCCCUGCCUAGGAUCAACAACCCAAGAGACCAAAGGAACCAAGCAAUCAGAGGAAGAAUGAAUGCUGCGGGGAAGACCGUGUGUGUCACAGGUGCUUCUGGGUACAUUGCUUCAUGGCUGGUGAAGUUUCUGCUUGCCAAAGGAUACACUGUUAAAGCUUCUGUCCGCGACCCAAAUGAUCCAAAGAAGACAGAACAUUUACUUUCCCUUGAUGGGGCGAAGGAAAGACUUCACUUAUUGAAAGCAAACUUACUGGAAGAAGGAUCAUUUGAUUCAGUUGUUGAUGGGUGCGAAGGAGUUUUUCACACGGCAUCUCCCUUUUAUUAUGCAAUCAAGGAUCCACAGGCUGAAUUAAUUGAUCCUGCAUUAAAGGGAACUCUAAAUGUUCUUGGAUCCUGCGCAAAAACUCCAUCUGUUAAAAGACUGGUAAUAACAUCCUCUAUAGCUGCAGUUGCAUACGAUAGAAAACCUCGAACGCCGGAUGUGGUAGUUGAUGAGACUUGGUUUUCAGAUCCAGAGAUUUGCAAGGAGUUGAAGCUUUGGUAUGUGCUUUCAAAGACCUUGGCUGAGGAAGCUGCAUGGAAAUUUGCAAAGGAGAAAGGGAUGGACAUGGUUACUAUAAAUCCAGGAAUGGUGAUUGGUCCUCUUUUACAGCCAACCCUUAAUACGAGUGCUGAAGCAAUUCUGAACUUGAUAAAUGGAGCACAGACAUUCCCUAAUGCAACAUUUGGAUGGGUUAAUGUUAAAGAUGUCGCAGAUGCACAUAUUCUGGCAUAUGAGAAUCCUUCAGCCAAUGGAAGAUAUCUUUUAGUCGAGAGAGUUACUCAUUAUUCAGAGGUGGUGAAAACUUUGCAUGAACUUUAUCCAACUUUGCACCUUCCAGAAAAGUGCGCAAAUGACAAGCCUUAUGUGCCAACCUACCAAGUUUCCCAGGAGAAAGCAAAAAGCUUGGGCAUUAAUUUCAUUCCCCUGGAGGUGAGCCUGAAGGAAACCGUCAAAAGCUUGAAGGAUAAAGGCUUUUUAAAUUCCCAAAGCUUGUUAUAGAAGUAAAAAAUAAGGAAAAAAAAUAAAGAUAGUGGAGACUUGUAAACCUCUGGUUGCUUUAAACUUUAUCUUUCUUGAGAGUUUACAGGAUCUGAGUUGCUAACA